AUGCGCAAGGGAGCUCUCAAGUGGGGUCCCGGUGAUGUGUUCGCUUCUGGUAUAGGCUCUGUACCUAUUGACCAGGUCGGCGAGUUGUUGUACUUCUUGGUCCUUGUCUCCUGUCGAAGCAAUCUCCUCAAUUGUCAUUGGGGGAACACGGACAUAGACAAAGUGUUGGCUGUCCUCCAUUGGCUCAAUGUAAACAUUCAGUGUUUGGAGUAG